AUGACGUUCACAUUCAGCGACGAUACCAACCGGGAUUCACUCGCUACGACCGCGGUGCCGGAUGAACCCGUCUCUCCCGCAGCGAACAAGGAGGGCGAGGUGGUGGCUGAUGAGGACGAGCGGGUGUACCCUGGCGAAGGGGAGGAAGCGAUCAAGCGCGAUGAGACUGAUGAGUUCCCUGACGGAGGGCUUAGAGCCUGGUUGGUCGUCGUGGGAGGAGUGUGUAUCACGUUCGCGUCGUUCGGGUUCGUCAACGCUUGGGGCGUGUUCCAGGACUAUUACGAGACGACACUGUUGCCCGACGUCAGCCCAUCAACAAUAGCAUGGAUCGGAAGUAUCCAAUACUCCCUUACAUUCCUCCCCGGCCUUUUCACCGGCCGCCUAUUCGACCUGGGCUACUUCCACUUACCACUCGGCAUAUCCUCUGCAGUGCUUGUCGUCUCUGCCUUCCUGGUAGCGGAAUGCAAGGAGUACUGGCAUUUCGUGCUCGCCCAAGGUAUUGUCGUUGGCUUAGGCAGCGGCUGGGUCUUCGGUCCGACGAUGGCUGUGGUCUCCCAUUGGUGGCACAAAAAGCGCUCAAUGGCCUUCGGUAUCGUCGCCAUCGGUUCAUCGCUAGGCGGCACCGUCCUCCCAAUAGCAGUGUCCAAGCUCCUCCCUCUCGUCGGGUUCCCAUGGACGAUGCGCAUCAUCGGGUUUAUCCUGCUCGGCGCAACGGGGUUCGCAAACCUCGUGAUGAAGCGCAGGUUGCCCCCGGUUAACGUCAAGGGCGGGCUGGUCAACCCAGCCGCGUUCAAGAAUAUCACGUAUACGUUAUACACCGCCGCGACGUGCGUUACAUUCCUGGGGUUGUACACCGCACUGACGUACUUCAACGUCUCCGCCCAACAGCCAGGGAUCAGCCCUUCGCUCGCCCCGUACAUCGUCAGCAUCGCCAACGCCGCCUCCACAUUCGGGCGUCUCUCCUCCGGCCUGCUAGCAGACGGCAUGGGCCCCGUAAACGUGUUGAUUCCCUUCACCGCCCUGGCGGCAGUGACGACCUAUGUCUGGCCGUACUGCACCACCACAGCGAGCAUCGUCGUCAUCGCGGUGAUAUAUGGGUUUGCGAGCGGGGCAUAUGUGGGCUUGAUGGGCGCGCCGCUGGCGGAGAUGGGGCUGUUGACGGAUAUGGGCCGGAGGAUGGGGAUGACGCUCUCUAUCGCUGCAUUCUUUGCGCUCACGGGACCGCCGAUAUCGGGUGCGAUAUACGAUAUGUAUGGCUCAUUCCACCCUGUGGGGUGGUACGCAGGGUCGAUGGUUAUCGCCUCCUGCGUGCUAUUAAUCGCAAGCAAGUACGCAGCAACCCGUUCAUUGUUCGCAAAAUAUUAGAUAUAGAUGGGCAAUGAGUUGUAGGCUAGAGAGACUAGAUGGGAAUGCGACGACCGAGGGGUGAGUAUGGGUGGAAGUAGAAGGAUUCAUCAUGUAACAUAGAUUUGCAAUCACGUCACUUAAUGCC